AAUUUCAAUGCUCUUUGUCCGAGUCACGUGACUGACAUCCACACAAACCACAAACCUAACCACAGUUUUGGGAAAUGGCUGACGAUAAAGAAGUGGAAAAAACGAUCGCAGAGGACUUGGUUGUGACCAAGUACAAACUUGCCGGACAAAUUGUGAACCGUGUUCUAGAGCAAGUGCUUGCAAAAUGCGUCCCGGACGCGUCUGCGCGAGAGAUUUGCGAGUUCGGAGACAAGACUAUCCUUGAUGAGACCUCAAAGGUGUUCAAGAAGGAGAAAGACUCCAAAAAAGGCAUCGCAUUCCCAACAUGCGUGUCGGUAAACAACUGUAUAUGUCACUUCUCACCCAUCCCUAGUGAAACUGACUACGUCCUGAAACAGGGUGACUUGGUGAAAGUAGAUUUGGGUGCACACAUAGAAGGCUUCAUCGCAGUUGUCGCACACACCGUCUGUGUUGGAGGCGGGGAGGUGACGGGCCGUGCCGCAGAUGUCCUCCUAGCUGCUCAUUACGCAAGUGAAGCUGCUUUGAGAUUGCUCCGGCCAGACAAUGAGAAUUAUGCAGUCACCGAUGCUGUUCAGAAGAUCUCAGCAGAAUUCGGCUGCAAGCCCGUGGAGGGUAUGCUGUCACACCAGCUGAAGCAGUUCCGCAUUGACGGAGAGAAGAGCAUCAUCCAGAACCCCUCGGAAGCUCAGCGGAAGGAGCACGAGAAGUGUACACUGGAGACCUAUGAGGUGUACGCUAUGGAUGUCCUCGUUUCCACGGGAGAGGGUGUCGGCCGUGAAAUGGACACGCGGUGUACGAUAUACAAGAAGACCGAGGAGAUCUACCAGUUGAAACUCAAGGCGUCUAGAAUGUUCUACAGCGAGGUACGCAAUAAGCACGGGUCCAUGCCGUUCAACCUCAGGAGCUUCGACAAGGAGACCAGCGCGAGAUUAGGCGUCGUCGAGUGCGUCAACCACAAACUUAUCGAGCCCUUCCAGGUCCUUUACGAGCGGCCGGGCGAGCUGGUGGCGCAGUUCAAGUUCACGGCGCUGCUGCUGCCGAGCGGCACGCACCGCAUCACCGGCCUGCCCUUCGACAAGGCCACCUGCAAGAGCGAGCGCUCCAUCAAGGACCCCGAGCUCACUUCCCUCCUGAACUCGUCUGCGAAAGCCAACAAGAAGAAGAAAAAGAAGACUGCCGAGGAACCCAUGGAAGUCGAAACCGUUGCCUAGCAACCGUCUAGUUCCCUUGAAGAAAUCUAGGGUCAU